AUGUCUCAAGGUACCUUAUACGCUAACAGCAGAAUUAGAGCAGUCAUUCCAACUGCUUUGGUCAAGCACUUCAACUUGGAUGUGAAGAUUGUUGACCCAGCCUCUAGUGCUGAGUACACCAAGUUCUUCCCAUUGGGUAAGGUCCCAGCCUUCGUUGGCCCAAAGGGUGUUAAGUUGACUGAGGUCAUCGCCAUCUCCGUUUACUGUAUGUUCAUUUUCGUUGCAAUUGCGCUUCUUUACGCUGCAAUUGCUUUAAUUCCAUGCCACGUUGUUUUCUGGUCCAAAAUGAUGAGAAACCUUUUCAAAUUAUACAGUUAUCCCUGUCUUAAUAAAUUAUGUCGAGAUUCUUUACUCUGA